AAAGGAGCCCUUCCUCCUCACGGCUCCAUUCUUUUGCCUCCAUCACUUGGCGGAGUACAAGCGGCGUGUGAGCAUCCUCUUCCUCCCUCCGCUGGGCACCGGCCUGCCUCUGUACACUGUGACAGCGAGGCUACUCGGUGCGGCGCAGCGCACCGGAGCGCAGCUGGAGGAGAGCAGAGGGGAGAAGCGAACAGGAGAGCAGAAGAGGGGGAGGAGGUGGAGGACGGACGGACUGCUACCCCCAGAAAGGCGGGAUUAUACCCCACAGCAUCCCGUCCCUUCAACAUGCCUCGAGGGAAUAAAAGACUUGCUGGGAUUAUCGCGCUGAUCGCCUCGUUGCUGCUCGGCUCUUGUGGGACAGGUGCAGAUGUUUGUGACAACCCACUGAUGUCCAGUCUUCUACCAUCCUCCUUCAGAAGCUCCUCCCAGCUGUCCAGUAGUCAUGGGCCGGUCUUUGCUAAGGUCAACAGGAGAGAAGGAGCUGGAGGUUGGUCUCCUCUGGUCUCAGACCGAUACCAGUGGUUGGAGGUGGACCUGGGGAGGAGAACCCAAAUCACUGCUGUUGCCACGCAGGGCCGCUACGGCAGCUCUGAUUGGCUCACGGCCUAUCUGUUGAUGUUCAGUGACACAGGACACAACUGGAGACAACACCGGCAGGAAGACAGCUUAGGGGCUUUUCCAGGUAACAGUAAUGCUGACACUGUAGUCCAGUACAAACUGGAGCAGCCGGUCAUAGCUCGCUUUCUUCGUUUAAUCCCACUGGACUGGAACCCCAGUGGGAGGAUUGGCCUCAGACUGGAAAUAUAUGGAUGUCGAUAUACUUCUAGCGUGGCAAGCUUUGAUGGGAGCAGAAGUAGCCUGGUCUACAGACUGAGUGUGAGGGCAAGCUGGACUGUGAUGGAGACUAUUUCUUUGAAGUUUAAAACCCUGAAGAAUUCUGGGACACUGCUCCAUGCAGAGGGACAGCGAGAUCACAGCCUCACGUUGGUGCUCGAGAAAGGAAAGCUGCUACUCUACCACCUACAGGGUGUGAGUUCAUCCUCUGGUGGUCAACUUCUCGUUUCCCUGGGCAGUCUGCUUGAUGACCAGCACUGGCACCAUGUAAAGCUGGAGCGGCUCAGCACUCACCUAAACCUGACCGUAGAUAAAAAUACACUGCAGGUUCAAAUACCGGCUGAUCUCAGCCACUGGCACAUUCACACGCUGACGGUGGCGGCUGUCCAGAGCCACGGACUGCAGAAACCCAUCCUGUCCAACAGGAACUUUCAUGGCUGCCUUGAGAACCUGCUGUACAGCGACAUCAACCUGAUAGACCUGGCCAAACAUGGCAGUUCACAGGUCGCGAUAGUGGGCAAUGUGACCUUUUCUUGUGCUGAGCCAGUUUCAGUGGCUGUGACGUUCACUGACUCCCACAGCUUCCUCCAGUUGCCUGGCCUUACAUCGUGGUCAACAGGGCUAGUGUCUGUGACGCUGCAGUUCAGGACGUGGAACAAGGGAGGUCUGCUCUUGACCUUUGGUCUCCCGCAGCAGGAUGGUACAGUGUUCCUAUACCUGAGCCAGGCGAGGCUUCGACUACAGAUCAGUAAAGCAGGCAGAUCCUCUCUGGACCUCAGCGCAGGCUCAGGUCUGAAUGACGGUCAGUGGCAUUAUGUGGAGCUGAGCUUCAAACAUGAUCAUCUAAGCAUCACAGUGGACAAAGAUGAAGGAGCCACCGCUCACAUCAGCAUCUCGGUUCCUCUCACCUCAGAUAGUCAACUCUUCUUUGGUGGUUGUCCCACUGGGGAGAGCGCUCAAAAGUGCAAGAACCCCUUCAACACAUUUCAAGGAUGUAUGCGUCUCUUGACUCUGGAUGACCAAACUGUUGACCUGAUCAAAGUGCAGCAAAGGCUGCUGGGAAACUACAGCCACUUGCAGAUUGACAUGUGUGGCAUCAUUGACAGGUGUUCCCCCAGUCACUGCGAACAUGGAGGAAUAUGUACUCAGUCGUGGAGCACCUUUCACUGUAACUGCUCCAACAGUGGCUACAGGGGAGCCACCUGCCACAGCUCAAUAUAUGAACAGUCAUGUGAGGCAUACAAACACAAAGGCAACAUGUCAGGGCAUUACUAUAUAGACGUGGAUGGCAGCGGACCAAUCAAACCCCAGCUGAUUUAUUGUAACAUGACAGAGGAUAAGACGUGGAUGGUGAUUCAGCACAAUAACACAGAGCUGACCAGAGUUCAGUCCUCCGCUGAGCGAAACCAACAUUUUGCCUACUUUGACUAUUCCUCUGAAGAGGAGCAAUUAGUGGCUGUCAUCAGCCAAUCAGAGCACUGCGAGCAGGAACUGUCCUAUCACUGCAGGAAGUCCCGCCUCUCCAACACACUUGAGGGGGCUCCUUUCAGCUGGUGGGUGGGAGGCGCCGGACCAGGUCAGAGCCAAACAUCUUGGGGUGGAGCCCUGACCGGUACCCAGCAGUGUGGUUGCAGUCUGCAGGACAGCUGUCUGGAUCCAAGUCACGACUGCAACUGUGAUGCCGACUACGACCAAUGGACUGAGGACUCAGGCCUGCUUACCCAUAAGGAGACCCUCCCAGUAAGGUCUCUGGUGCUGGGAGACAUCCAUCGGCCUGGGUCAGAGGCUGCCUAUAGGGUCGGACCGCUACGUUGUCAUGGAGACAAGAACUUCUGGAAUGCUGCAUUUUUUGAUAAGGAAACAUCCUACCUUCACUUCCCAACCUUUCAGGGAGAGUUGAAUGCAGACAUCUCUUUCCUGUUUAAAACGACAUCGUCCUCUGGGGUUUUCCUGGAGAAUUUGGGCAUCAAGGACUUUAUCAGGAUAGAACUCAGCUCUUCUAUGGAGGUUGUCUUCUCCUUCGAUGUGGGGAAUGGGCCACUGGAUGUACGAGUGAAGACAAGCUUCCCGUUGAAUGACAGCCGAUGGCACAGAGUGCAAGCUGAGCGAAAUGUGAAGGAAGCAUCGCUGCGUGUCGAUAAUUUCCCCGCCGCCACCCACGAAGCUCCCACUGAUGGACUCAUGCAUCUUCAGCUAAACAGCCAGUUAUUUAUAGGAGGCACUGCAUCCAGACAGAAAGGCUUUUUGGGCUGUAUCCGCUCUCUGCAGCUGAAUGGCGUCACUCUGGACCUGGAGAAGAGAGCUAAGAUCACGCCUGGAGUCCUACCUGGAUGCCCAGGCCACUGCAGCAGCUAUGGCUCGCUGUGCCAGAACGAGGGUCGCUGUGAGGAAAAAGCCAACGGUUUCUCCUGCGACUGUGGACAGUCGGCCUACAGUGGAGCCUUCUGCCACAAAGAGGUUUCAGCCACCUUUAAGUCAACAACAUCCAUCACCUACAUCCUGAAGGAGCCCUUUGAACUAAGCAGGAACAGCAGUGGCUUGCCUUCAUCCAUCUACUCAGAUAUCACACUAAGAGGAGAAAGCAUCUCUCUGAGCUUCAGUACCAAUCAGAGUCCUGCUCUUCUGCUCUAUGUCAGCUCGUUCUACAGAGAGUACCUGAUCCUGCUCAUCAACAAAAAUGACGAGCUGGAACUGAGGUACAAGCUGCACAGCGGCAGAGAUGUGGAGACGCUGAGAAGCAGAGUCAUAAACGUGGCUGAUGGGCGCCUGCACACAGUGAUCGUUAGGAGACUGGCAGAUAUCGUCUCUGUGCAGAUUGACCAGAACGCCAGAGAGGACUUGAACUUGACAUCUGAUGUGGAGUUCAACAGCAUCAAAUCACUCAUACUGGGCAGAGUGGAGGAGCCUGAUGGAUUGGAUGCUGAGAUGGCCGAGCUGGCCUUGCUUGGGUUCACUGGCUGCCUGUCAGGUGUUCAUUUUAACUCCAUCAGUCCUCUGAAAGCUGCUCUGCUCCAUCCUGACAGCCCUGUUAUUGUCACCGGCCCAUUGGUACAAUCAAGCUGUGGUUCCUCUUCUCCAGCCAACACCUACGCAGCAGAAACAACACACUCCUUUUCAGGCCAGCCUGGUUCAGUGGAUCCAGGUCAGCCUUUAGUCAACACCAUCAGAAGUGACUCCGCUCUAAUUGGAGGGGUGAUUGCUGUUGUGAUUUUUGUCACCUUAUCCGCAUUGGCAGUGAUGGCCAGAUUCAUAUGCAGCAGGAAAGAAACAUAUCGGAACCAGGAAGUGAAAGCAGCUCAACCUGAAGACAGUAACGAGUUCCCCUUCAGCGGCCAGCCGGAUUCUCCGAGCGCUCCCAGUGAAAACCAGAAGGAGUAUUUUAUUUAGCAGGACUGCUAAAUAACUGCUCACUGACCUGGUCCUGUACAGAUCAGGAGGACUUACUCUCAGUGCUUUAUAAAAUACCACUGAGCUUUUUUCUUUGUUACCUUUUUUUUUUUGUAAAUGUUGUAUAAUUUGCUAGAAACACUGGCAAAUGUGUUGGACUCCAUUUCCCUGGAAGUAAUCGAUGGUGUCACUUUGAUGUACAUAAUAUUUAAUGAUGCACAAUAAAUGGUGAUUUGUGUGCUUAUUAUCCAAAUUCUCUGCCAUUGUGAAAUGCUACAAUUAAUUUAUUAAAAAGAAAA